AAGUAUAUAAUAGUAAUAAGGUUACGGAAAUUAGUUUAUAAUUUUUUCAGAUAAUCGGAAAAAUACUAGAUAUUAUAUAAUAAUAGUAUAAAAAAAGAUUAUUUAAGAAAAAUUGUUAGUCAGUCAGUGAACAACAAUGAAUAGACAAUCGUUUGAUCGUUUUGGCGAUAAUCUGGUCAAACAAUUGAUCCGAUAUUUGCCGACUGUCGACAAAUUGCGAUUACAGUCGAUGUCCAAACAGUUUCAACGGGCAAUAGAGACGAUCAUCAAAGUUCAGCUAAGAUUUGAUGGCAAACAGAUUGAAUGUGUGAAGACUUUCGGUGAUUUCAAACGCGGUUUUGUCGACACGAAAGUCAAAGAUAUCGUAAAACUAGCGAAAGACUCGUUUGAUCGGUUCGACGACGAAUUGUGUCGACAAUUGCUGACCGGACUGUCUAUCGGUAAUCGGCUAAGACUUCAAUUGGUUUGCAAAUGUUUUCGUCGAGUAAUAUUCAGUACACAAACGGAUCUCUAUUUCAAUGGCAAUCAACUGAUCAAACAAUACAAACAUUUUGGUAAUAAUAUGUUUGAAUUGUUUGAGACACUCGUAAAAAACUUUCCAAACCUCAGUCGGGUUUCGAUCACUGGUAUCGAUAGGAUGACCGACGACUAUCUGCAACUGUUGAUGAAAUACUGUCCCGAAUUGCAACGUUUGUCGAUACUUACAAACGGAUCAAGAUUUUGGUCGCUAACCGAACCAACGGUAGACAUGUUUUUCGGUAAACAUUUUGCUAAACAGUUGCGAUCGAUUCGGAUAAAUACUUUUGAUCCGAAAAUUGUUGUCAAAUGGCUGCCACUGUUGGAUCAAUUGGAAAAAGUAAUACUCAUUGAAGAUUCAGAUGAACAUCGAUUCAAUCAUUUGAUACAUCUAUACGAUGGCGGCGACAGUCGUAGGUUUCGUUUGCCAAAAUUGUUGAAUUUGUUGAACAUUCAGGUGACCGCCGAUGCCGAUUAUGUAUCAUUGUUUCGGCAAUUUGCUGGACAAUAUGGCCGUCAACUCAAGUUACUGGAUCUGACACUACUUAGCUAUUUUGAUGGAAAAAAUUGUCAUCGUUUGGUCCAAACAAUGGCAUUGUUGUCACAGUUACGGGGUUUUCAUGUAAUUCUUAACAAAACAAAUGCCGAUCAAUAUCUGGUAGCUAUGGUGGACCACUUGGCCAACACUGGUGACCAUCAAUUGACUGGAUUGACUAUAGUCGGCGGAACCCUAAACAAGCCGACAAUCGUACAGCUGAUGGCCAUUAUUAGUGAACAUAGAGGUGGCCGCCGAUUGAAACGAUUUAACAUUAGCGUUGGCACCCGAUACGAUGCGGACGACCAGUGGUCACUGACCAAACGGAUUACAAGUUUAGCGCUGAAAUCGAUGAAUCGGUUAACACAUUUGUCUAUUUAUGUGACAACUAACCGAUUUGCUGAUGAAUUUCUGGCCAAUAUUGGCCAACAUUUGCCGCGUCUCGAGUAUUUGGAUAUGCCGUUUGUUGGGAUUACCGACAAAACAGUGAGCGAGUUGGCCAAACUGAGACACUUGCGAUCACUGCGACUAACGGAUGUCGACAACACUGAUAUCGGCGGCGACGGCGGUGGUAUCGGUAAACAGUUGGUCAUCAAAUUGAUUCAAAAACAGCCAAAACUGACCAAUGUUUUUGUCAAUCAUAACGCGUCCAACAAAUUUAUCAUGGGCAAUUUGUUUUACCAAUAA